GGCAUUCCACCGUAAACAACAUUAUUAUGUACCCAAACGUCGUUUGCACUAGACCGUGCCAUCGCAUUAACGUGAUGAGGUCGACCACGUGUUACGACAGCGAAUACGAUACCGAUAAGUCUUACACGUCUUCGAAAUUUUCCGAACCCUAUAGGGACAUUAGGUGCCAGUCUAGUCAGACCGAUUUAAUACUCAUCGAUAGACCCUACCCCUCUCUCCUCAGCUGGCAGCGGAGCUCGAGUUGCAAAGAGUUUAACAGCUCUCCCAGGUCCGGUUCGGGGGGCACGCCUCCCGUCGACAACGAGGAGGUGAUGAAUUAUUCUUUCGACAAGAACAGUCCUUUAGAUCACCAUCGUAUCACGAAAAUUUUUUCUAGUAGUUACCCCGGUACCACUUCCAGCUUGUCCACCGAGAGCGGUAGCGACCGUAAACUCGAGAAGGCCGGCAGCGUCCGCAGAGCGGUCGAUCCGGCAGACGAUCUGUACCAGGACGACGUGAGCCAAGACUCGUACGAGUUGUUGGAAAAAGAGGAAGUGUUCGACGUGAACGCCAGUGACGAUGACAAAGACGACAACGACAACGACGAAAUAUUCUACGCCGACAUCGAUUUCAAAGAGGAGCACAUGCAGGAGAUUGAAAAGCGAUUGGGUUACUUGGAGCCCAAGUACAGGGAUAUGGAGUUCAACAAGUUCAACGAAAUUUGUAAAAAAGAAAUGGCUUCCCGCAGCAAAGAGCAGAUAUUCAUCGACAGCCCGAUGCGUUUCAUCGCGUUCGAAAACAAAACCGACACCGUCGUCACCGGUCACGUGCCCGUCGAACGUACGAAAAGCGACUCUUACAUGAGCGCCCCCAAGCCCAAGCCACAUAGACUGCUCCAUCAGAAGUCUAUAGACCUGACGCCCAUGGACUCGUAUGAACCGACAGCGGCGGCUAAGUUCGAUCUGGACAUUCCUUAUACCCUUCACAAGCGCCAGACGCCCGACACAUUGUCUCCAAACGAGGUCAAGUGGUCGACUGUCGUUUGCGGAUCCGACCAUUACUCGCAGGACUCUGGCCUUUCGUUAUCCACUCAGUCGACCAGCAACGUGAGUGUCGAGAACGACAGUCCGAUCGAUUUGAACAAGCUGCUGCUCAACAAGCACCAUGACGACGUGGUGACCACUUCAAAGAGUACCGAACUCAUUCAAAUGGCGUACAAGUCGUCGUCGUUCAACGAGUCGGACGUAUGUGCGGCGAGACGGGCGGCGGCGGCCGACAAGCCGCAUAAACUCAAGUCUUGUCACAGUGCUGAUAGCGUGCCGACGAACAGGUCCAAGCGGAUAUACUAUCAACCGCUCAGCGCGGACAACGCCCGUCAUAGGAAAAAAGUGGACGUGAUCAAAAUCGAGCCGACCGCCGUCGUCGGCGGCUCGGCAAAUAGCAAAGAAUUAAUAAUUAUCGAGUACAGCAGUGACGGUAAGAGUAAGAAAUUGAAAAAGGACGGGUCGGGCGGAAGUGCGGAAAACAAAAGUUUCGCAUCGAGUUCCGGGGUUUCGCCCGAAAAACAAGUCGCUGCUAAACCGGUGACGGCCAAUGUUUUCAAGUCGUCUGCCGUCAAAGUGAAGAUCGCUUCGGCUUUGGCGUUGAACAGCGGCGUUGGCUGCGUCCACGUGGUGCCCAAUGCUAUGAACGAACCAACAAUUAUGGACGUAGACGCAUUGACCGAUAUCGUGUCCAAGUCUGUGCAGAGUUUUCCCGAGCCGACUUGCUCCGUACCGGUUGAGGGCGUCGCCGAACCCGGAACAGGCGUCAAGGACGAGGAACAAGUAGUUCCUGAUGGCCGGGCCAAAAGCGUUGACAAAAGCCCAGGGUCGAACUUGAAAACCGCGCUGCUCGAUUUGGUGUCUACGGACCGAACGUCGGAAACGCGGCAAGAACCCGCUCCAGAAUCGUCCAACAAGGAUGCCAAGAUCAAUCGGUUCAAAUCGCUGGCGUCGAAAAUAGCCGCUUUCGACGCGUUCACAGAUAACAUUAAAAUCGCGGACAAGUCGACUGCCGAAUUGCCUAGGAAAAAAUUACCGGAAAAAAUGCAAUUAUCUAAUAAGCGCGUGAAAUCGCCUGUCCUUUUUGCCAGGUUAGGCCUAUCCGAGAGUUCGGCUUUCCCGAAUAGCUCAGGACAAGGUCAUUCACAGCGGCGUGCCGUUUCUCUGGACUCGCCGGUCGUGUCUUUGCACCAGUUGCCGUUGGUCACGUCCUUCUCCAGCAAAGACGAUACGGUAGACGACCCCGAGGACGGUGUCGGGCCGGAGGAGAAACCGAUAAGAUGGUGGGACGACCACGUCAACGAGACAGUCGUUCGGUGUAUGGCCGACAUGGUCGAAAUCACCGUGGCCGACAUGUCAGAAGAGAAGAGGGACAGCGUGACGUCGCUGUCGCCGAAUAUGACGCCGGAGAGGCGUCGGUCCAGCACGCGACAGGAACGUUUGGACUCGUUCAAAAAGUUGAAGAACUUUGAAAUGGAAGUAUGGGAAUCGAACGAUCUGAAUGCGGCCGUUGCCAUCGAUUUCGAGCAUAAAGACUUUGAAGAUGAAACGUUUGCCGAACCGCAGGUGGAAGUGGAAGUCGCGGAAUCUUCAAGACAAUCGGACGGCAAAACCGACAUCAAAGGGUUUACCGACGAUGAGUCGGCUUCUGUGGACGAAUCCGCCGACAGUAGCGCGGAGAUACCGUUCAAGGAACUCAAUUCUGUGAGUUCGGACGAAGCAAAACGCUCGGCUCAGAACAACGAGCAAAACACGGUUUCGGAACAUGUCGAAGAACAACAUUCGCCGAUAAAACCAGUCGAAGAACCGCCGUACGACGUACCUUGUUCGUCGCCCGAAGCGCUCGCCAAACCCUCUGUCGAUAAGCCCGCUGAAGAACGGCGAGACAGCGCAGCGCGUUUGCCGCCUCCCGAAGCGCUCGCCGAAAACAUAAAUCAUGCCGAACUGAUUAAUAAAUUGGGCUGUAUCGAGAUUCCGUCCAAACAGGACUCAAAACGCAAUAGACUAUCGGUGGAGAGUUCGGGCAGUUCAAGCCUAGACGAUCCGCCGCACAUGGACGACACGAGCGGCAAUAUGGCGGACGACGAAGACGUGACGUCCAGUCCACUACCUCCGACGCCGGACGCCAGUUAUACCGGCAUGUAUCUUAUCGGAUACGGCAUUUACGGCUUGUCGAGAACGUUGUCGAGGAUCAGCGAGCAGAGUACGUCGGAGCGUUCCGAAGUGGACGACGAGCUCUCGACCAAACACUCGACUCAGUCGGCGUCUUUUGACGAUUCGAUUCUAUCUAGUGAUUAUUGUCAACCCAGUCUGUGUUCCGACGCCAUGGACAGUCUGCCGGACUUGCCUCCGUUGCCUGAAGAGUAUGCCUUUGAAAUACCGCCGCCCGCGGUUGAUGACGUCGACUGGCCGUCGCCCAAAAGUGAAGAACGCACGCCGGUCGGGCCACAGCUGGGACGGUUUGAAGACGACGAAGACGAUGACGCCAAAACCAUACACAACGAAGACGAUGACGAUCGCGAAGGAGCGAUGACCGGUGAAGAGGGUGAGGAGGAGGAGGAGGAGGAGGAGGUAGCUCCUCGGCGGCCGCAUUCCACCAACAAGCCCAGGCUGUCGCUAGGUGACGACACGUCGGCCGGUGUGUCCACCUCGGAGUUUUCCAGCAACGCCACCAUAGUGUACCACUACGACAACGUGUGUCCGCCGCCGGAAUUCCUGUCCAAGGCUGAACACUCGGACGAGUACGAUUCUCCGUUCACCGAUGACUCCGACGAGUCCAAGUCUUACCACCGGCCGUCGGGGCACUUGUUCGAGUUGCCCAGGUCCACCGGCGUCCCGGCCCGGCCCAAGGGCCGCCUGUCGCACGGCCCGUCGUCGUUGGAUGCCAACACCGGGACGCCGAAAACCAAGAAUACCGCACGGGCCCGGUGUCAUUCCUAUUAUUCGCUGCCCCGCAGUCCACCCAGUGACGGGUCGUCGUCGUCCACCCAAGACUCGCCUAACGUGCCUAACACCAUACCCAGGGCCUCUAGACGGAGACGUUACACUCACACGCUUAAGAGAAAAGCCAAAAUCAUACAAAUCACCAAAGUCUAAAAUUGUCUGUCGAGGAGAGAGAGAGAGAGAAAGGGAGGGACUCCCCUCCCAAAACGCUUAGCAAUGUCUCGUUAAGUACUUCCAGCCGAAUAAAAAUGUUGUUUGUGCAAAUAAAUAAUAACAAUACAAAUUAUUAAAUUAGUAACAAUAUUGAGAAGUUGGUUAAACUAAAACCAUCCAAACCCAAAAAAUAAUCUGUGUUUAGUCCAAAAAACAAAAACGGGUACAGGUAGAAGUGCAUAACAAAUGCAUAUAUAGGAUUCGACAGAUUAAUCUGGAAUGUAUAUGAUCACCAUUUCUGCCUAAAACGGUGGGGUUGAAAUAAACACAAAUGUGUUGAUGUAUUUCUAUAACAUACAAGUGAAAAUGUUUUUCUGAUGUAAAUAUUUUCAUUAAUACAAUCGAUGACGUGUCUCAAUACUAAUUAAUGAUUAUGGUAAUAUUUUGUAAUUAAAAAAAAAAAAAAAAUCGCAUCCAAUAAAAACCUAGUAGUCGGUCUUUUUCUUGUUUAAGCCCAGCAAAUGUUUGGUAUUCGCCGAAAAACAUGGGGUUUUAUUGGAUGUAAUACCCCAAAAAAAAAAAAGAACUUAUUGGUCGGGGUAAAUGGCAAGUCUUAACGUUAUUCCAAAAUACUAUCUAGUAUUUAUAGUAGUGUCGUCUCGACGUUGGUUUUGUUCGUUGUCGUAACACGAUUUUCUAUUUGUAUACGGGCACACUCUUACCAAAAUGAUAAAAAAAUAUUUAUACAUAUAUUCGCUAUUAUAUAAUAAUAGACUGAUAUGAUAGUAACGUUGGUGUACCCCCUCCCCCCCCUGCCUGCCCCCCAGCGAAAACUGAAACAAACUAGUAAUGUUAAGUAUCAUUAGCGGUGAUAAAUAGGUAGUUUUUUUAAUAUUGACUAUAAUAAUGUUUAAAUUGAUUAAAAAAGUAAAGCCGCGUACGUAAAGAGAGAGAGAUAUGAAAACAUUUUUUUAUUAUUCGUUGAAAGUCUUUUUCUCUUUCCAAAACUUCGGGUUGUUGUUACGUUUUUUAAACAAAUUUUUUAAAUAGUAGCUGUUUAUUCAAUUUAAUAAUAAUAAUAUAAUAAAGUGUAUUGUCUUCCUGUUAAUGUACUACUAUGUUAAAAAAAAUAAAAUAUAAAUAACGUCUUUCAACUGAUAACACUAAUGUUUUUUUUAAGUAAUAGGAAGUGUUGAGAACCAAAAGAAGACAUAAUCAUUAUGAAUUAAUUUUUGGUAUUUUCGGAAAAACGAGUAGAAAAAAAAAUUGAUAUUUUUUCCUUUUGUUUAAUAAAAGUUACUCGCUCUUUUGGUGGUUCUCAUCAAUUAUUAAUUAUCGAUAACACAAUUGUUUUCAACAAACACAAUAUUAUUACAAUAUUGUGAUUCGAUUGUAACACCAAAACGGUGUGUCACUUGAUUUUAUUAUUAUUUUUUGUCAAUUAUUAUUCAAUAGGAAUUUGUUUACCUCCCCAAAAAAAAAAAGUUGAAAAUUUCUUUGUACGUUUUAAUGUGUUUAUUUUUUAGGAUACAUUUUUUAUAAAUUCUAUUGGUUUUGAUUUGAACUAUAAAAUGUCAUCA